UAUAUUGUUUUAUCCAAACAGGGAACGUGGUUGGGAGGGCAAGACUGAGGCAAGUGGGGUCUGGCGGGGACACGGCCCAAGCAGGAGUUUCCUUCGUGCUGGGCUCAGACGUUUCCAUCGCCAUCACAGGAGUCAUGGUGGAGCCUGGUUAGCCUAGGGACUGUGGUAAGGCUGGGCUCAAGGACAUAGCAUUUCAUUAGGGAGACAGUUCUCAGAAACAUAAAGGCAAACAUGUGAGACACAGGAGCAUAGAUACAACCUCACCAAGAGGCAUAAAUGCGUUCACUAAACACAAGCUCACCUUGUCCACCAGACGUGUUGUAUGGAGAUGGUGGAGAACAACUUUUUUUUGAGGGAUGGGAGACCCAGGCUUCCACGUGCCAUGUAGAGGAGACAUACUUCAUGUUUCUGAAGGGAAGCAGGAAACAGUAGCGCUGUUGCUGACUGCUGUGUAACAGGAUGCUGCUCAGGACACAAAUGGCUGAAACACAGCCGAAGCACAGAUGAUCCAUUCCUGAUACAUCCCAGGCCAGGACAGAAGGGGUCGUGUCAGGCUGGCUGUCACUAGAGGAAGAACGAGGCGGUACCCUCACCACCCACAGAUGAGCUUGACAGAGGCAGCAAAGCCAGGCACCCAUCAAGAGGCGACUAUCAGCAAGACCUUCUCAGGAAGACUCCAGCUUCUCAGGAGAACAGGGCAACAGUUAAUAAGUACGACCUCAUGAAAUUAAAACAAACAAAACAAAAUUCCGUUCACCAAAGGACACAAUUAAUUGAAUGAAUAGAUACACAGAAUUGGAGAAAAUCUUCUCAACUUAUAAAUAUGACAGGAUUGGUAUUUAGAAUAUAACAAAAACUAAAAAAAAAAACAAACCCAGAACCUAAACUACACAUACAUAGACGGUUCCACACCCACGUACGCACAAACAGCACUAACUGAACUCGUGAAUUAGAGAGAGAGCACACGCAUGAGCACUCGUGAAGCUGGGACAGGAGAGCGAUGGGAGGGAUGGGGGAGCAUGGAUUUAGAGUAUGGAUUUGAUUUUAAAAAAACAUUAUAUUCUUGUAUGAAAUUCUUGAUCAAUAAAAAAGAAGGAAAUACAUUUCAACAAAAUCAAAUAACCCAAUUGAUAGAUGAAACAAAUAGACAUUGCUCAACAGAUGGAACACAAAUGACCAGUAAACAUACAGGAAAUGCUCAGCUUCACCAGUCGUCAGAGAAAUGCAAAUUAAGCUCCCGGGAGGGGGUUGGGGGUGGUUCAGUGGUUAAUGCACUUGGCACUCCUGCAGAGGAACCAGCACCCCCAUGGCAGCACACAAACAUGUGUGACUCCAGUUCCAGGAGAUUCAGCACCCUUUGCCAGCCUCCGUGGGCACUAUACACAUGUGGUGCACACUCACAUGGGCACUAUAGACAUGUGGUGCACACAUGCGUGCAGCCAAAUGCACAUAAAAUUUAAAAAAAUCUUAAAAGAAACAACACCAAAAUUCAAUCUUAACUCAGAAUAUGACAAUUUUGUUAAUGCAAUGAAAUUUUUUUGAUGAUAAUCAUUAAGAAUAAACACAACAAUAAAUGCUAGUGAGGACGUGGACCUCAGGGAACCCCCAUACACCGCUAGUGGGAUGUAAACUAGCCCAGUCACUGUGGAAGUCAGCAUGGAGGGUUCUUGAAAAACCAGCAACAGCUCUCCACAGAAUCCAGCUGCAGCUCUUCUGGACGUUUCCCUGAAGGACUCUAAAUCAAUGCAUCACAGAGACACUUGCACAUCACUGUUUACUGCAGCACCCGUCAUAACAGCCGAAUCAUGCAGCCAACCGGGGUGCCCAGCAGCAGAGGAAUGGAUGGCGAAAAUAUGGUAUGCAUACACAGUGGGACUUUUGCCAACCAUAGGAAGAGCCAAGCUAUUUCAUCUGCCAGAAAAUAGAUACAACUAGAGAUAAUCUUAUUGAGUAACUUAAGACAAGUGCCAUGUUUCCUCUGAUCUGUGGAUCCUAGAUUUUAUAUAGACACGUAAAACCAUGCAUGUACAUACGUCACGGAAGUGGGAGUCAAACUGUCUGGGGAGAGAAGUCACAACAACGGAGUGAGCUAAGUGAAGGGUAGGUCUAGGGAUGUGAGGGGGAAGCUGUUCAACACAUGUAUGUAGCCUGAAAAUGAAAUUAUUAAAAAAGAUGUGCACAUUGAUGCACUAUCGGGGUGCGUGUCAAGUGUAGGACGAGUGAGUACUGUGAUCCAGUUGUAUGAAGGUGCCAGCCACAGCCACGGGGUGCAGUCACCUGGGGACACAUGGCCAACAGCUGAGGGAAACAGGGGUCACUGUAGUCUGGGAGAAGCUUUCCCUUAGUUCCGAUGGCUGUUACUACUACUGGCUUGGAUUUUGAGUUCCUUUAAGCAGGAACUGUAUUUGUUUCAAGGAGCUGAGUUCUUUCAGCAGCAGAGGAAGAGCCGUAGCUAGAGGCCAAACUGCAUUGCCUUGAUGACUGUUCCAGGCAUUGGUCCUUCUGAGCUGACUCAGCCAUACUUCUGAUGGUCCUUCUCCGGGUCUCUGAGGACCAAAACUUCCUGCCAAUCAACCAGGAGAGGAUGUGGUGAGGGAGAGAUUAGCCAGAGCCAAUUCUUAACCUCUGGAGCCCGGGGUGGGGGUGGAGUUCCAGCCAUCAUAGAGGACAGUGUCUUCCUAAUUGGACACUGGAGGCCAAAAGUCCCAACCCUGCCAGAUGCAGAGAAUCCUCCCAAGUGGAGUGAACUCAACACACACUGCCCAUCUAAGAGGGACCUGAGGGGAACCUAGGCAAAGGAGGCAGGAGCCCUCCCUCUUCACAGGAACCAGAGUCUGAGACAGCAAGAACGUACAUACCAGACCCUCAUGGGGACCCAGGUGCCCUCUUACACUCAUCUCACUCCACUGCCAAGAAAGCCAUAAAUAACUUUAAGAACAGACAGCAACUGAUGCCCAUCUUCAGCGAAGACCAGGCUAGCCAGCCCGAGGACCCUGGGAGAGAGGUGUUGCCUGUGUGAUCUUGCUGCAGACUGGACUCUCACCUAGAAAUGGUAAGUGUGGCACUGUCAGGCCUGCAAGUGUAGGAGACUCCACGGCUACAAGGCAGUGGGGCCAGCAUUCAGGAGGAAGGGAUGGCUUGCCUCAGCAGCAGAAACUCUCCUGUCCUGAACAGCCCUGGUCUUGGCCCAGUUCAAAGCUAGUAGUACUGGAGCCUCCAUCCUAGGCUUAGCUUGUUAGACGAAAGCUCGGCUUCUGCAGUCAGGUGGAAUAAGCGCUGUGCCCGGCCAGCUCACCAGAGGCUGUGAUGGAGCUGACUCAGGAGGGGCAGGGCUGAGGAGAGCGAGCACAGGCUGCCACUUCACUGUCAACCAGCUGCUCUUUCCACUGAUCCUGUGGGCACCCUGCGCCCUUACUGAGCUGAGAGAUCAGACGUGUCUUUGCGCCAGCAGGAAGCAAAGGUCCAGAUAUGGCAUGGGUAUUUCCAUCACAUUCACCACGGAAGAAACCUGUGUGGUCAGUACCAAGACCCCCGGUGGGUGUGUCAAGGCCCAUGUACUCAUUUGAGCCUGCACUGGGAAAGUUGGCUACAUCCUAAAUGGUAGGCUCAAAUGGGCACUCCAAGAUCCAUGUCCCCACUGUCUGUGGUCUGUGGAGGAUGGUAGUGGUGGGUUUUGCAAUAACUGAACAGAGACUUCCUUGAGACCCCAGGGUAAGUAAAUUAGACACCUGUCCCUACCUAGCCAAGCUCCUAACAACAGCAGCCUCCCGCAUCCAUCUCAGGGAUUUUCAGAGUAGUGACCCAUGGCCAGUCCCAAACAGGAUGCUCCUGUCCUACUGCUGUGGACCCUAGGAUGAUGAGAAAGUAGCCACAGAAGGGCAAAAGGCACUAGAGAGGCCAGUCUUGUCUGCUUUUCAAGUUAGAAAGAGAAAAAUAUUUUAAACUGAAAAAAAAAAACUAAAAAUAUUUUAAACUGAAAAAAGCUGAAGUAAAGCAGGUAGCAGAGUUGGCAAUGAGAUCAGGAUGGAAGCCAUGAGCAGGUCCCAAAUAUGCAUGAGUACCAGUCCUGCUGUUUCUCAGAACACAAGCCUGUACUGCCCACUUAUCACAUAUAGAUGUUGAUUGGCAGGAACGUUUCAUAUCCUCAAGCAAGCAGAGUUUCUGCAUGUUGAUUGUGACUGUGGUCCAGGCUUGGGGUUAGAGGUACCUAGGUGAGGUCAGAGUCCUGCAGGGGACAAAGGCACAGCCUCAGGGUGAGGGCUAUUUUCCUACCCUGACUCAUGCCUGGCGAUGACAAGAUCACCCAACCCAGUCGCUGGGAGGCCAGCAGAUCCUCGUGCCCAUUCUAUGGUCAGUGAGUAAGAUGGAAGGUUAGGGUGGGGUUAGGAGCAGCUCUACACAUGACACCCCUAAGGAAUGUCCCUGGAGGUGAUGAGCAACAACCCGGAGGCAGCUGAAGGGAUGCUGAAGGCUGUCUGCACCUGAGAAUCACACAGCUCAAGACGUCUCUUUGCUUCCUUAGAUGCAUAGCUCAGCUUCCUGCACAGACAAGGCUCAGCACAACCUCAUGAAUUAAAAAAGUCAGAGAAAAUGUCCCCUUUCAGGUCAUCCUAGCUCAACUGGAAGGAGAUCAGAGGAGCUAGCGACCUCUUGCACGGGGGACAGUAUGUCAUCAACAGGCUCCUGCAGCCUGUGGAACAUCCAACGGCACCGGUGAGAUCUGCUCCCUCUCGCUGUCUCCAUCUACCUCCACGCAUCUGUCCCCACUCAUGGCCACACCAGUCCACAGAAAUGCAAGUCUCUCCACAGUGUCUGUGCAGGAGUUUGUGCUGGUUGGAUUUGGGGGAGGUGCAGAGACCCAAGCCCUGCUCUUUGCUGUCUUCCUGGCCCUGUACAUUGUGACCAUCCUUGGCAACCUCACCAUGAUCGUGGUCAUCACCCUGGAUGCCCGCCUGCACUCCCCCAUGUACUUCUUCCUCAAGAACCUGUCCUUUGUCGACCUCUGCUACUCCUCUGUCAUUGCCCCUAAUGCCCUGGCCAACUUCUUUUCCUCCUCCAAGGUCAUCAGCUUUGAGGGCUGUGCCACACAGCUCUUCUUUUUCUCUUUAUUGGCUACCACUGAGGCUUUCCUCUUAUCUGUGAUGGCCUAUGACCGUUUCAUGGCCAUCUGCAGUCCCCUGAGGUACCCUGUGACUAUGUGCUCUACGACCUGUGUUCGUCUGGUUCUGGGUACCUACUGUGGAGGCUGCCUGAACUCCAUCGUGCAGACCAGCCUCACAUUCCAGCUGCCCUUCUGCAGUUCCAACCACAUCAACCACUUUUACUGCGACGUGCCCCCACUGCUCCAGCUGGCCUGUGCAGACACAGCUCUCAAUGAACUCCUUCUCUUCGGCCUCUGUGGGUUCAUCAUUGUGAGCACCACGUUAGCUGUCCUGGUCUCCUAUGGCUACAUCACCGUGACCAUCCUCAGGAUGCACUCAGGAUCCGGGCGGCACAAGGUCUUCUCCACCUGUGGCUCUCACCUGACGGCUGUGUCCUUGUUUUAUGGAACUGUGUUUGUCAUGUAUGCACAGCCAGGAGCAGUGGCAUCCAUGGAGCAGGGCAAGGUGGUCUCCGUCUUCUACACCCUGGUCAUCCCCAUGCUCAACCCCCUCAUCUACAGUCUGCGCAACAAGGAUGUGAAGGACGCCCUGUGGCGGCUGGGUCAGAGACACAGUCUUGUGGAGAAAGGAGGCAAGUAGGGAUCAUGUCAGCAUAAUGGAAAGAAACCAUCCUUGGCAGACACUAGGUGCCUUUAAUUUGCUGUUUUCUUUAUUAUCCAGUUUCUCUUGCUUUUUGAUUUAACAUGUUCCUGCCUUAUUCCUUUCUUCCAUUCUUUAAUACAUUUACCCAUUCAUCUAUGAACACACGCAUCUGCCCACUAUCUACCCCCUCUUUCAUGAGUGCAUAUUAUUCUCCAAGCAUUUACAAAAAUGGGAAUGAGGCAUUUUGUUUGCCAUAACAAAGCAAAUGGUUCAUACUUGGAAGAAGCCUGAAUCCCUUUCACUUUGAUUUGACAGAAGGCAGAGUUAAGACAAGAGUCCUUGAGAAUAGCAUGACAACCAUUGGCAACAUCUCCCAUGAACUACACAACAGUGGACUUGUCGAUGGUCCUUUCCUUUUCAUUCAUCACUGAAUCUAAUGUCAGUGUGGUAGGAACUUCCCUCUGAGCAUCUAAGACUGUGGCCCUUAGAAGCUGUGUGUUGACCCAUCCUUGCAUUGAUCUAGUAUAAGGAUGGGCUAAAGGGAUGGCAGACUUCCUCUUCUGCUUGCCAAUGGUUUUGCCUCCUCCACCUUCCUCUACUCAUGGAGCUGCCCUUGUGGAGUAUCACAGUGCAUGGCUGGAAGCAGGAGGAGCCCAUAGUGCACUGGCUCCAACAUAUUCCUUCAACCUGCAGCAGUAUAAAGCCUCAGUCACAGUCACAAUUCAGGGAACCUU